UCAGUCCUAAGCUAAGGCAAAGAAUCUUGUCUUUUCCAACAUGCACAGUGCAUUGACCUUUGAUUUGAUUGACUUGUAGCUUGCCCGGAAAGUUUCUUCCCACACAGGAAAUUUAAACUCAACUUCAGCUCUGGCUUCUAACUGAAAAACAAGUGAUCAGUUUAGUGGCAAGAAGUAGAGAGACCAUUGAACAUAACUAAUGGAUCAGAUGACUGGUGCUACUGAAACCAUAUAUGUUGCAGUAGGAAAAGCUGUUGAAGAAAGCAAGCACACUUUGUUAUGGGCAUUACAGAGACUUCGUCCCACAAAAGUUUGUAUUCUUCAUGUUCAUCAGCCCGGCAAUAUGAUCACCAACAAUGGUGUGAGUUUUCUAACAAGUAGGCUUCCACAACAUGAAGUUGGGAAGAAGAUGUUAGAUAGGGUCAUGAAUGAUUACCUUCUCAUUUGUGGCCAGAAAAAGGUCCAAGCAGAAAAGCGACACAUCGAACUUGAUGAUGUUGCAAAGGGGAUUGUGGAGCUGAUUCAUGAGCACAAUAUCAAACAACUUGUCAUGGGAGCAGCAGCUGACAAGCACUUUUCAGUGGGAAUGACUGAUCUCAAGUCUGAAAAAGCCCAAUAUGUGGAUCGACAUGCGCCUCCUUCCUGUCAAAUUUGGUUUAUUUGUGGGGGGCAACUCGCCCGUGGAAGGUCAAUCGUUGAAACUGGACAAUCAAACCUGAGUAGUCCUUCGUCAAGUUCCAGUUGUUUGACAUGCCCUAGCAAAGUGGCUACCAAUUCAGAACUGAUUGUUUCUGAGACAUCAGAGGAGAGUCCAGACUGGCUUGAGUUUCAUGAUUUAAGUAGGAAUGGUCCACUCUUUGAUCAACUUGAACAAGCCCUAUUGGAUGCUGAAAAUUCAAAUCGAGAAGCAUUUGAAGAGUUGGACAAGCGUGUGAAAGCUGAAAAGAAUGCUCUCAAUGCUGUGAUGCGCCAAGCUAGUGAAUUGAAAAGCUCAUAUACUGGAGAGUUAAGACGCUGGAGGGAAACUGAAGCAGCACUUAUAAAACAGAAAGAGGAACUUGAACAGAUCAAGCAGCAGAGAGAUCAAGCGCGCAAAAUUGCCAGAGCUCAAAAGUUAUUAUUGGAGAGUCGAGGUUCCAACUCAGGUGACAUUAAGGCAUUGGAAGCUAAGGUAUCCUCAGCUAUGGAGCAGUUACAAAUUUGCCAGAGAGAACGAGAUGAGUUGCAGACAAAGCUUGAAAAUACUUGCAAGCAAACUGGGGAGCAUUCAACGAAACAAGAAGAGACUUCAAGUGUGCAUAUGCAGCAAUUCUUCUCGGAGUUCACUGUCACUGAAAUUCAUGAUGCAACAGAGGACUUUGACCCUUCCUAUAAGAUUGCAGAAGGAGCAUAUGGGAGAAUUUAUAAAUGUAUUCUCCGUCACACUGAAGUGGCUGUCAAGGUGCUCCACCAAAAUUGUUUACAGGGCCCCUCAGAAUUUCAAAAGGAGGUUGAUAUUUUGAGUAAGCUGAGGCAUCCAAACCUGGUUACACUCAUUGGAGUCUGCCCUGAAAUUUGGGCUCUGAUAUAUGAGUAUCUCCCUAAUGGAAGCCUUGAAGAUCGUCUGAGCCAAAUGACUGAUACUCCCCCAUUGUCAUGGCAAACUCGAAUACAUAUAGCUACUGAGAUAUGUUUUGCACUCAUCUUCCUACAUUCCAGUAAGCCUCAAAGGUUAGUGCAUGGCAACUUAAAGCCAAGAAAUAUACUCCUUGACACCAACUUUGGCUGCAAACUUAGCGACUUUGGAGUCUGCCAUGCGCUCUCUUCUAUCGAAAAUUCAAGCAAUAUGACUGUUCCAAGCAGCAGAUUUCCUUACCUGGAUCCUCAGUUUCUUACAACAAGAUCAUUGACUCCUAGUUCUGACAUAUACUCAUUUGGCAUUAUAUUGCUACAGUUAAUGACUAGGAGAUCACCCUUGCAUAUAGCAGAGAACGUGCAGAAUGCACUAAAUGGAGGAUAUCUUAAUGAUUUAUUGGAUCCUUCGGCUGGAGGCUGGUCAUAUUUGCAAGCUGAGCAGUUGACUCGCUUGGCUUUGAGAUGCUGUGAUAAUAACCGAAGUCGUCGACCAGACCUUGCUUCAGAAGUUUUCAGGGUGCUUGAGCAGAUGAGAGAUUCUAUUGGACCCUUAUCAACAUUCCAUGCUGGGUCUGAAGAUCAUCAUAAGCCUCCACAUUAUUUCAUUUGCCCCAUUACUCAGGAAAUCAUGGCAAAUCCACAUGUGGCAGCCGAUGGAUACACGUAUGAAUUACUGGCAUUGCGGGAAUGGCUGGGUAGGGGCCACAAUACCUCCCCUGUGAUAAACAUCAAGCUUCCUCAUCGCAAUCUGGUCCCGAACCAUGCACUUCGUUCUGCAAUCUUGGAGUGGCAGCAGCAGCAGCAUGAUAUAUGCAUAUUUACGUGUAAUGCAUUGUACAUAUAUGAUAUUUACCUCCACGAUCUGCCAACUCUGCUUCUACUUAUCAUGACUUGCUUAUCUGAUUUACUACUUUUGAGCAGGGAAACUUACGAUUUUGUCGAAUUCGUUUCCAUGUGGAUUCUGGGAGUUAGCAAAGUGGUGAGGAGAGAGAUCAUCAAACAACUCCUGGAAAACAUGGCUAGUGAUGAUACCAUUUAUGUUGCAGUAGGAGAAUUUGACGAAAGUGAGCUCACUUUGUUUUGGACGUUACAUAAUCUUAGUCCUCUAAAAGUUUGCAUUCUUCAUGUUCAUCAGCCAUCCAUGAUGAUCUCCUCCAGAGUUGGUGGGAAUUUAGCUGCAAUGCUUUUUCACCACCAACAACUCAGGGGUCUAGAAAACGUUGGGAACGACAUGAUGCACCGGAUCAUGGAUGAGUGCGUUCUUUUUUGUAGUCAAGCAGGGGUCAGAGCAGAAAAACUAUAUAUUCAAAGGGAUGAUGUUGCAAAGGGGAUUGUGGAACUUAUUCAUCGGCACAAUAUCAAGAAGCUAGUCAUGGGAGCAGCAGCUGCCGAGCACUUUUCAGAGGGAAUGUGGCUUAUCUCUGAGAAAGCACAAUAUGUAAACGAUAAUGCACCACUUUCCUGUCAAAUUUGGUUCAUUUGCAGGGAGCAACUUGUCCACAAAAGGUUUGGGCAAUCAUCACAUGCACUAAGCCCAUCAGGUUCCAGUUAUUUGACAAGCUCUAGUGAAGCUGCUGGUAUAUCAGACGCGGCUGUGUUUGAGGAAAGAGAGGAGAAUGAAUGUGAGCUUGAUCCAUUUGAACUGCUUCGCUCUGGAGAGGAUCAGGAUCCUCUAUCAAUGCCCAAUGAAGGAAGCAGCAAUGAUCAACUCUUUGAUCAACUUGAACAGGCACUGCAGGAAGCUGAAACAUCAAACCGAAAAGCAUAUGAAGAGUCCAACAGGCGUGUCAAGGCCGAAAUGGAUGCUGUCCGGGCUAUGCGCCAAGCAAAAGCAUUUGAAAGGUUGUACAAUGAAUGCAAGAGAGAAACUGAGGCAGCCCUUGCAAAACAGAAGGAGGAGCUUGAAAAGAUGAUGAGGCAGAGAGAUGAAGAGCAUUUAAUUGCCGUGGGACAAAAGUCGAUAUUCGAUAGCCAAGUUGCCAACUCAGAUUACAGGAUAAAACAAUUGGAAGAUAAGUUGUCAUCAGCUGUGGAGCAGUUACAAAUUUCACAGAAAGAACGAGAUGAGUUGCAAGUAGAGCUUGAAAAUACUCGCAAAGUAACUGAAGAGCUUUUGAGAAAACAAGUAGAAGAGGCCUCAAGCACACAUAUGCAGCAAAUCUACCCAGACCAGUUGUCUGCCUCAGAGAUCCACGAUGCAACUCUGGAUCAGUUACAAAUUUGCCAGAAAGAAAAAGAUGAGUUGCAGGUUGAGCUUGAAAAUACUCGUAAGAUAACUGACGAGCUUUUAAGAAAACAAGCCGACGAUACCUCAGGCACACAUAUGCAGCAACCCUUUACAGAGUUUUCUCUCUCAGAGAUUCAGGAAGCGACUGAGGACUUUGACCCAUCCUUUAAGAUUACAGAAGGAACUCGGGGGAGCGUUUACUAUAGAUGUGUCCUUCGUCACACGGAUGUGGCCAUAAAGGUGCUUGGCCAAAACAGCUUACAAGACCCCUCUGAAUUUCAGCAGGAGGUUGAUGAGUUGAGUAAAACGAGGCAUCCAAAUCUAGUAACUCUCAUUGGAGCCUGCCCUGAAAUUUGGGCUAUAAUCUAUGAAUAUCUUCCUAAUGGAAGCCUUGAAGAUCGUUUGAACUGCAGGAAUGGCACCCCUCCGCUGUCAUCGCAAACUCGGAUAAAUAUAGCUACUGAGAUUUGCUCUAGUCUCAUGUUUUUACAUUCCAGUAAACCUCAGAGCGUAGUGCAUGGCAACUUAAAACCUGGGAAUAUUCUUCUUGAUGCCAACUUUGGCUGCAAACUUAGCGACUUCGGAGCCUGCCGUGCACUCUCUCUUCUGGAAAACUCAAGCAACGCGCAGCCUUACCUAGAUCCUGAUUUUCGUAGUACUGGAAGAUUAUCUCACAGUUUAGACUUGUACCCGUUUGGCAUUAUACUGUUACAGUUAUUGAGUGGGAGAUCAACUCAGGGUAUAGCUGAGACUGCGCAAAAUGCACUACAAAAUCUGAAUUCCUUCUUGGAUUCUUCAGCUGGAAACUGGCCAUACCAAGUUGCACAGUUGACCCGCUUGGCUAUUAGAUGCUGUGACAUUAGUCUAAGCCGUCGACCUGAUCUUGCUUCAGAUGUUUUGAGAGUGCUUGAAACGAUGAGAGUUUCUUCUGGAGCCACGUUCUCAUUCAUUUCCGAGUCUGAUGAAGAUAAUCGUGAGCCUCCAUCUUAUUUCAUUUGUCCCAUUUUACAGGAAGUUAUGAAUGAUCCGCAUGUGGCAGCCGAUGGUUAUACUUAUGAGGCAACGGCAUUGCAGGGAUGGCUGGCUGACCAUGAUACCUCCCCUAUGACAAACCUCAGGCUUUCACAUCGGACUCUUGUCCCUAACCAUGCUCUGCGUUCUGUGAUUAGGGAGUGGCAGCAACAUCAUUGAAAACUUGAAACUGCAUUUUUGUUCCAGGAACAUGUUUCACUACGUCUCCCUCAUAAGGUUCCAUUGUAUAUAUCUUGCUCUUCCAUCCUUGGGUUUUUCAUGCUCUUCCUUAUACUACAAUGUACAAUGUUAUACUGUUGUAUAUACUUUGUCGAGAGUUGGAAACGCUAUCAUAAUGAACAAAAUAUAGACGUUGCCCAAUUGCAAAGUACCUCAAAGAUGAUUGGCAUAAUACAACCGUUUUUGUUAUGAUUUGGA